AAACAUGCGCUGUCACAUUUUUUUUUUAUUUCUUGUAGGCGGCUGCGGAGCAGACAGAGGGGUUGGUAGGAUUGUAGGAUAUUAAUAAUAAGAUACAUAUAUGUAAAGUAAGGAAGUUUGAUUGGAGAGUGUGCUUUGUGUAUUUUGUUACAUGAUAUUUGCCGGAAAUGGAAUUCAAAAUAAGUGUUGGUGAAGCAAUAGAACUUUAAAUAAUUCGUUUUUUUUAAAAUUUCUAUUUAUGUUACUACGGGAAAUUUAAUAAAUGAAAUUAAUCCUGGUGAAAUUAGUACAUAAUUAACUUAUGUUCUUCAAUGAAGAAAGUUGCGAUAAAGUUUCGUGGCCUAUUUAUGCGUAGUUUAACCAAUUCAGAUUAAAUAACUCAUUGUUUUUCUAUGAUCUAAUUAUACAUUGAGGUAAAAACUUGCAAUUUUAAAACAUGGAAGAAGAAAUCAGACAGGGAUUACCUGGAACAAAAUCUAGUGAUACUGUAGUUGAACUGAAAUCUACUACAAUUGAAAGUAGUACUUCUUCUGAAACACAUCCUGAAAAAAAGGCUAAGCCACCCCCUUUGGAUAUGAAUUCUGCUCAAGAGAUGGCAUCAUCGCAGGGAAUGACUGAAUCAGAAAGAGGAGGACCCAAGACACCUGUUAGCGCUCCACCCAUUACUCCUGACAAAAUGCUGUAUCGCCAGAGAUAUAAGGAACGUAAAAUUGGUCAUCGUAGAGUGAACGAAGAGGGAGAAAUAACAUUUAAAAAAAUAGGCACAUCAGUUAUAAUGCAGAGUAUACAACUGGGCAUUGGCCAUGCAAUUGGGUCAUUGGCCUCAAAGCCUGAGCGUGAUCUACUUAUGAUGGAUUUCACAAUUGUUGAAACUGUCAGCUUCCCUCCGGAUGGAUCUAGUGUCACACCUGCUCACAGCUUCUCUGAAUUCAAGUUCAAAACCUACGCUCCCCUCGCAUUCCGCUAUUUCCGAGAUCUGUUUGGGAUUGCUCCUGACGACUUUUUACUCUCCCUCUGCAAUCAUCCCAUGCGUGAAUUAAACAACCCUGGCGCCAGUGGAAGCAUUUUUUAUGUCACCGAUGAUGAUGAAUUCAUAAUAAAAACUGUACAAAAGGGAGAGGCUGAGUUUUUACAAAAACUUCUGCCAGGUUACUACAUGAAUCUAAAUCAGAACCCCAGAACUUUACUUCCAAAGUUUUUCGGACUUUACUGUUACCAGUGUGGAGGUAAAAAUAUCCGUUUAGUUGUGAUGAAUAAUUUAUUGCCUUCCUGUAUCAAACUGCAUGAAAAAUAUGAUCUGAAAGGGAGUACCUACAAGCGGAAAGCAAAUAAAACGGAGCGUAAAAAAUCCUCUCCAACAUUUAAAGAUUUGGACUUCAUAGAUCACCAUAAUGAAGGAAUUUUACUUGAACAUGACACCUACAAUGCAUUGAUCAAGACAAUGCAAAGAGAUUGCAGAGUUCUGGAAUCAUUUAAAAUAAUGGACUACUCUUUAUUGGUCGGUAUUCACAACAUUCAUGCUGCUCACAGAGAAAGGGAGAAACAUUUGGAACAAUACAGAAAAGAUCAGGAGGAAGAUAAUGCUUCCCCCGUCCAGCCGGUUCAGUCGGAUAAAGGAGGUGGUGGUGUGGGUACAAGUUUAGUUCGAAGCAAGUCCAUAAACAAGCAGAGGCUUGCUGCAUUUUCAACAGCAAUGGAAUCCAUCCAAGCCGAAACAGAAACAGCAGAUGAAAGAGAUGAUGUCCCACCUGGUGGUAUACCUGCAAAAAAUUGUAAAGGAGAAAGCUUAUUACUCUUUCUGGGAGUCAUUGACAUCCUCCAAAGCUUUAGAUUAGCAAAGAAGCUUGAACACACCUUAAAAUCUGUACUACAUGAUGGUGAUACUGUGUCUGUUCAUAGGCCCAGUUUUUACAGUCAGAGAUUUCUACAAUUUAUGAGCAAGACUGUAUUUAAGAAAAUGCCUUCAACUUUAAAGCAUUCCCCUUCAAAGCGUAAAGGGGUCAGCGCCAAGAAAUCUUCUGCUGGAGAUUCCAAAAGCAUCCUUCCCAAAAUUCCAUCAGAAACUGAAUGUGUUCAAGAGGAAGGUGGUCCCAUGUGUGCCCAGGCUGGAGAGAACUCUUCUUCUUGUGAAGUGAAAAACGAUUGUUCUUCUGACAACCCAAAAAAAUGUGCCAAUGCUCCUCCUCCUAAAACAGCAUCAAAGUCAUCUUCUGUAUCGUAUAGUGGUAGUAAAUCAUCUUCUGUAUCCUGGGAGCAGAAAACAGAAGUCAUUAGCUUAUCACAAGUUACUUUCCAUACUGCAGAGUCAGCAGCAGCAGCAGAUUGUGUGUCUGAAACAAGUAGUUCCAGUACGUCUGGCAUUGGUUCAACGUUGCACACAGUAACGUGGACGCCACCCCACAGUGUAGAGGGCUCUACUCCCACACACACAGAAGGAACGCCCUCUUUCACAGAAUCUAGCUCUAGUGGGGAUGCUGCAUGCCCAACGACUCCUGUUAAAAGUAUUAACAAGUCUCUGGACUCUUUACCACCUUUAGGAGAAACUCAAAUAUUGAAAGGAAGUGAGAUGACACGCCUCUAGCGUGACACACACACACACAUGCUGUUCCAUAGACACUUGUUUAAACCAGUCAUCACUGAUGCAUACAAUAGUAAGUGCUUGCUGUCUCUCUCUCUCUCUCCACAUAAUCUUCUAAACAACAACAACCUGGUGCUCUGGGUGCUACGUGUGCUCUCUAUCUCUACUUUUCUCUUUUCUGUCUGUUGUUUACUAAUUAGUGAAUGUCUCUAAUCUUUGAUGUGGAAAACAGAUAGAAAUAUGAAGUAUUAGUGCCUUUAUUAAGACAUAUUUUUCCCCUCUACAAUUUAUUUUGUUCUGAGAAAUGUUAAUUUAUUUAUUUUAUGCUGUUGAAGAUUUGCUGUCAAAAGUAUUGUUGGUUACUGUGAAAUAUUUGUUUUCUUGUGUGCAGUGUGCAAAAAAAAGGGGAGGGGGAGGCUGAGAGCAUGAAUGACUUUUGAUUUUCACAUUCUUCGAAUCUAUCUUAAUUGGCUUUCAGGAGGGGUGACGUCAAUUAUCCUAGUUAAUUAGUGAAGACGAUAUUUUAAGUUAUGAAUAUCAUUUCUACGACUUAAAUUUUUUUUUUUUUGACGGUUUCGGAUUCUUUUUCCUCAAAAUAGAUCUGCACUAUUUAAUUAGAAUAAUUGAGGUCAGCCAUAGGAACCAUUUGUCCUAAUGCGUGAAAAUCAGAUCAUUAGAUCAAAAGUUAUUCGGAUGUUCUUUCCCCCCCCCCUUUUUUUCGCAUUGUAAAUUUAUAUAUAUUUCUCAAGAUGGCUAAGCAUAUAAAAACUGAAAUUUUGAGACAUGUAUAGUCUGCUCCUGAGUAUUUGCAUGCAAUAGUACUUAACAGACAAUUUAACACAGAGUGAUGUCUAUGAUUUAUUAGGCUUCAAAAAAAAAUUUUUUUAUCUGAAUCAUAGCUUAUAUUGCUGUGUUCUUAUUUUUCUUUGACAUCAAUGUUAUACAGUCUAACCCCGCUAUAGUGAACUCCAGAUAUAGUGAUCAAAAUGUUGUCCUGUUGGAUAUUAUUAAAUUUUUUCUAUCCUGGAUUGAAUUUUUUCUUCCUUUUUUUGGUAAUUUUGAAAUUUUUUGCGUAGCGUUUUUAAAAAGUGCUUCAACGUGCUUGUUUUUGAUUUUCAUUUCUUAAAAGCCCUUAAAGGUGCUUUUUUUUCAUGGGGUGUUUUUAAAAAGUGCUUAAUUUUCCCUUUUGAAAAUGAUAUUUUUCCUUUACUAUGUUUAUUUUCUCUUCGAAUUUUGCAAAAAGAUACAGUUCAGAUUGUUCUAUUCAACGUUUUCACAAUUAAUUCAACCCCAUUCUAUUUCGGCGCAUUGUCAGUCCAUAGCGUAUGAAAGAGCCAUAAAAAAUUAAAGCUAUCACAUUUUGUAUUACUACACAUUGUUUUUUUUUUUAAAUCAUAUUUCUUUUUAUGCAUCAUUUAUUUAAAUAAUGUGUAAUAAAAGGGGGCAGUUUGGAAAAAUGAGUUAAAAUUGUUUGCGGCUUUUGUGAACUCCCGGUUAUAAUGUCGAAGGUUUACUACAGCGUUUUCAGUUUUAAUCAGUCACCCUUGAAGGUUUACUACAGCGGUGUUUGACUGUACUAAAUUCAUUGAACAUGAAUUGCAGUUCUUUUUUUUUUUCGUUGUGAAAUAUAUAUAUUAUAAACUAUCAAUAAAUUCAGAUUGAAGAUAAUUCUUUUUUUGCUUUAAUUUAAAUUCUUAUUAAAUGUGUAUGUAAAUUUUUAAAUUGCAAUUAAAAUUGCACAGAUUUAUGUUACUGAAUUCUGAAAUAAUGUUGAGAAAUUUUACCUUUGAAAUCUGAGGAAAUUUGGUUUUUGUGGGAGAGUAGCUAUAGUGUCUUUUAAAGUAAGCUACUUUAACAAAAAAAGAAAAGAAAAAAAGGUUAACUUUAUGAUUAGCCAAAAUUAACGGUUAUCAUAGGUUGAAUAAAUAUUAAAAUUGGCAAUUAAAAAUUGCAAUUUGCACGAAAAUACUACUUGACUUUCUUAUUUUUAAUGAUGUAAUUUUUUUUCACAUCUGUUUGCAUUCUGAUUUUUUAUUUUUAAGAUUUUUUUUUCUUCCAUAUGGUGAAAUUGUAAAUCAUUAUAUCUUCCACUGGUUCAUUAUUACGAGGUUGAAUUUAUCAAAGCCUUCAUUUGAGUUCGAGUUAGUAAUUUCUUUUCUUUAAUUUAUCGUCAAUUUUGUUUAAAAGAAAUUUAAUGCCUAUAAUUCCCCUAUUAUGUUGCCAAUUAUAACAGGUUUGUUUUGUAAUGAGUAAUUUUAUUAAUUGAAAACAUUAUGUAUAAUACUUAACGUUGUGUAUUAAACUUAUGUAUAAAUGUUACUUACAGAGAUCAAGAAAAUUUUAUAAUUUCUCAUUUCCAUUAAGUAACCAAACAAUAAGAAGUUUUAUGUGUAUUAAAUCAUUUUGGGGGUAUAAUUAAGGCAAAUAUGUGGGUUUCAAUUCAUAUGAGUAGUAAUCAAUAAUUGAUUCUGCAUAAAAAAAAAACUAAAGUGCUCAAAUAGUUA